UCGUGUUAUGACGAAUACAAUUAGCUGGCAAGCGUCAGGCAUGGACACAACCCUCAAUUUAAGUAUUCUUGCUUCAUUGGUUUGGACACGUCCAAGUCCAUCAAGCAUGCUGCUGUUGACAAAUUUUAUGCAGUUUUUUUGUCAUUUAUUUAUUUAUUUUUUACAUGCAACUUAUUGCUCUGGAACUGAGAAAGGUGGUUGUGAAACGAUUUUUGCACCUUUAUAUGCCUUGAUCAGGCAGCAGAAAAUGCAACUCUAUACGGGGUUUGUUUACAUGUGCCUGAAAUCUUGCAACGGCCACCUGAUAUCUUAGGCAUAUCGUCUCCUCUUAUUCUUCCCUCUGGAGCCUGCAGCCGUUUUCUGGUUUCUGCUCCUCGUUGUCUUUGUCUGCUGACUAGAGUUCCUUUCUUUGAGUUGCAUUUUGAGAUGUUAAACAGUCUUGCUGCACAGGAACGUCUGAAUCGGAUAACUCAAUUUGUAAAUGAGAUGACUCUUACUGGUUCUUUUCUAUCGCUUACACUAGAUGAUCAAACAAAUGAAAAUAAUUACACCCUGGAGAGGGAGCCGUUUGGUGAUUGGAUGGCUUGUGCAAUACCUGUUAAAGAUGCAGCGGUCUUUGCCGCCGCCGCCGCAGGAAUAAUAUCUGAUGAUGAGAUCUCAGCCAAAUUAUGGGAUUCCGACUCCGCAGGAAGCGAUGCUUCUGAUUUUAGACAGGUCAGGUAUGUAGAUAAGGAUGGAAAGAAGAGUCAUGUUGGUUGUGCUUCUGAGGUACCACAAACCCAUCCAAAUUCUUCGGAAAGGAUGUCUAGAAACUGUGAAGAUGGUCAAACUUCUCCAAGGGUUGGAACGCCUCGUUCUUCCAGGAUUCGUGCAUUGAAGCAUCUCGGGAGUUCUCAGUCACCUUUCAGGAGUCCGGUUAGAAGCAUGGAAUCAGAAGAUGAGGACGAUCUUUUUGCAAAUAAUGAUGAUGGGGAUGAAUUUUUAAUGGAAUGGGCUAGGGAAAAUAAGAAUGAUUUGCUACAGAUAGUGUGUCGAUAUCAUUCUCUACCUCUUCAACGUCGGGGAAGUGAAAUUAUUUUCCACCCUCUGGAACAUCUACAGCCAAUUUUGUACAGAAGGCCUCCAGUUGUUGCUCUUGGCUUUCUUGAAAAUUGUUUGGACAGUUUUGAACCUGCGAAGGUAAAUGCAAACCUGGCAGCUGCUGAGGAAGCUCUUGCACUUUCUAUAUGGACAAGUGUGACUAUUUGUCGAGUUCUGUCCCUUGAAAAUCUGUUGGCAUUAAUUGCAGGAGUGUUGUUGGAAAAACAAGUCUUACUAGUGUGUCCAAAUCUGGGUGUUCUAUCUGCUGUAGUGCUAUCCAUCAUUCCCAUGAUUCGUCCGUUUCAGUGGCAGAGUUUGUUUCUUCCUCCCCACAUUUCACUAUUUCAGGUUCUACCCCAGAGAAUGUUUGAUUUUCUUGAUGCACCAGUUCCGUAUAUUAUUGGCAUACAGCACAAGCCCGCUGAUUUGAAAAUAAGAACUACUAACCUUGUUCUUGUUAAUUUACUUAAGGAUCAGGUGAAAGUGUGUUAUAUGCCAAGACUUCCACGGCAUAGAGAGCUUAUUUCUCAGUUAGGUCCAUUUCAUGCUAGACUUUCAAGUGAAAGUUCAAUUGCUGAAAGGAAUCCUGUAUAUAGGUGCAACGAAGUCCAGUCUGAAGCCGCAGCCCAGUUUUUGGAUGUCAUGUGGAGAUAUAUGGAUUCACUUUGUUCAGAUAUGAGAUUACACACGAUCACUAAUGUACAAUCAAAUAGUGACAGGGUUUCUUUGCUUCUCAAAGAUAGCUUCAUCGAUUCUUUCCCUAGCAGGGACCGACCAUUCAUCAAGCAAUUGGUUGACACGCAGCUCUUCAGUGUUCUAUCAGACUCGCGUCUAUCAAGCUUCGAGAAUGACUCAUAUUUCUCUGACGCUUCCGUCUAGGAUCACUGGGUGCAACGGAGGACCUGUUGGUCAUACUAGUUUGAUUCCCACAAGAAUACGUGAUUCUUCAAUGAUGGCUAACAUCUCCAGGAGGAAUUGUCAAUUCAAAUAUCCAAUGUUCUAGAUCGACACAAUCAUGUGGACCGCAAUUCAGCGCAGAGCUCCAAUUAGAUCAGUUGCACUGAAGCACAAGGUGGUUAGCGUCCCUAUUUCUUUAUCGGGAUAUAUUCUUGGGCAUAGCAGCAAUAGAUGUGACUGUAAUGCCGACUUUUUUCCUGAAAUGUUUGUACCAUUUUUGUCUAAUUGUUAAUUUCUUGUUUGUAUUUAAUAAGAUAACUAGAUACUAGAUACAUUGUCCUGUCGAGCGUCAAGUGUGCAUAGCUCCGCAUUUGUGUAGCCAAGGACCAGACAGAUGUGCCAUUAUUUAUCAUGACCAUGACAAAAUUUCUCAU